GGUGGGUAUGAUACAUCACAAGAGGUGGUAGGUGUGUUUGAUACAUCACAAGAAGUGGUGGGUGGAUUUGAUACAUCACAAGUAGUAGCAGGUGGAUAUGAUACAUCACAUGUAGUGGCAGGUGGGUAUGGUACAUCACAUGUAGUAGCAGGUGGGUAUGAUACAUCACAAGUAGUAGCAGGUGGGUAUGAUACAUCACAUGUAGUGGCAGGUGGGUAUGAUACAUCACAUGUAGUGGCAGGUGGGUAUGAUACAUCACAUGUAGUAGCAGGUGGGUAUGAUACAACACAUGUAGUGGCAGGUGGGUAUGGU